UCGAUAUACCUAUAACCCUGUGUAGGAUCCGACUGCAGACAUAAAGAUACUGAGUAGGAUAUUUGCAGUGUACACUGCAACUACAGUUGGCGCAGACGGGUGGUCUCCGAGGCUGUCCCGCCAAAUUAGUGAUGGAACGCGUGAACCUUCCCUGGGUGGAGAAGUACCGACCUCGAGAGCUUUCUGACUUGAUAUCUCAUCAGGACAUUCUCGCCACACUCGGCCGUUUUAUUUCCGAGUCGCGUCUUCCUCAUCUCUUGCUGUAUGGACCGCCGGGGACGGGUAAGACGUCGACUAUUUUGGCGUGUGCGAGGAGGAUGUACAGUGAGAAAGAGUUCAACUCGAUGGUGCUGGAGCUCAAUGCCUCAGAUGAUAGAGGAAUCGGUAUUGUAAGAGGGAAGAUAUUGAGUUUUGCCAGUACCAGGACAAUUUUCAAAUCUGGAUUCAAGCUUGUAAUCCUUGACGAAGCGGAUGCCAUGACAAAGGAUGCACAGAAUGCUUUACGGAGAAUUAUUGAGAAAUUCACUGAAAACACUUGUUUCUGCUUGAUCUGCAACUACCUCUCCAAUAUUAUCCCAGCUUUGCAAUCGAGAUGCACACGUUUCCGAUUUGGUCCGUUGUCAGCAGAUCAAAUGAGGGAACGUCUAGAGUAUGUGGUGAAAGAAGAGGGUGUUGACAUUACUGAAGGGGGCGUGAAGGCAGUGCUCAAUCUCUCAAUUGGGGACAUGAGACGAGCCCUCAACAUCCUCCAGAGUACGGCGAUGGCUUAUGGUGGCGUCACUGAAGAAAACGUCUACUUAUGCACAGGACAACCACAGCUUAGCGACAUUAUGAACAUAAUGACAUGGAUGUUGAACGAGGAUUUCAUCACUGCUGUCAAACGGAUAUCUGAGCUGAAGACUCUGAGAGGUUUGGCUCUACAUGAUAUUCUAACAGAAGUACAUCUCUUUGUACACAAAAUCGACUUUCCACAACACAUCCGUAUUACUAUUCUUGACAACAUAGCAGAAGUAGAGGAGCGCUUGGCAUCCGGUACAUCAGAGAAGAUCCAGUUGAGUUCUCUAGUUGCAGCCUUUCAGGUUGCUAGGAAUACAGUGGCCAGAGACUCAGACCAGUCUUAGAUGAUUGUCAUACAUGCUGUAAAUAGAACCAAUUCGAUAGCAUAAGUGUUGUAGUUGACAAUACUUGUCAUCUAGUCUCUUUGAUUAUGCAGUGUGAUGUAUCGAUGCCUUCGCAGAGUAGAUCUGCCAAGUCAUUGUCGGAUAUGUGCUUUUUGACUUGGCAUCCCAUCGCCCGGCUUAGUCUCAUUGCCAAUACGUGCUUACACUGUUGAGCAUACCAGCAGAAACAGACGUCAGUACCAUAUUAAUGCCACAUGAACGUGAUUUGUGUAUAAAUAUUAAUACUAUUCUUGCAGCAUGCCUACGAUUUGCCGUCACUCUGACUAGUCAAACUGGUUGCAACAACGCAGUUCAGGUAUAGUACAUCUAAAUUCAGAUAUUGUUCAGCUGUAUCUCAUUUCCUAUCAUAUUGUUGUGCCAGAAAGAGCACCAAGGGUAGA